AUGUCGACUACCAUCACACAGACCCAGGAGCCGAUUGAGCUCACGACUCUACAAGGACGUGGAAAAGAUACAAUGGAAGAACAACUCUCUUUACCGCCUGAUGAUGUGCCUCCUCCAUAUGCGCAGUCACAGGCGCAGAGGUGGAACUAUCCAAGAGGGAACAUGCCCAAGCUCGGAUUUGCUUUCUUGUCAUUUAUCAUUGCUGGCAUGAACGAUGCAGCCGUUGGUGCUUUGAUCCCAUAUCUCGAAAAAUACUAUGAUCUAAGCUACACAAUCAUCUCGCUCAUUUUCCUUACUCCUUUUGCUGGUUACUCAGUCGCCGCCUUCACCAAUGCCCGAAUCCACAUGCGUUUCGGCCAACGUGGUGUCGCUAUUAUGGCGCCCAUCUGCCAUCUCAUCACCUUUGUCGCGCUGGCUCUGCACCCUCCAUACCCCGUUCUUGUUGUGUGCAACAUCUUCAGUGGCUUUGGAAACGGUCUCACGGAUGCUUGCUUCUGCGCUUGGGUGGGCGCCAUGGAUAAAGCAAAUACUGUGCAGGGCUUUUUGCACGCUUCGUAUUCCCUCGGAGCGCUAUUCUCACCGCUUAUUGCCACUUCCAUGGUUGUAUCCUACGACCUGCCUUGGUAUACGUUUUAUUAUCUCAUGAUUGGAAUUGCUGUUGUCGAGUGGGUUGGUCUUACUGUUUCUUUCUGGCAAAAGACUGGCGCUGCCUAUCAGCUUGAACAUGUGAACGAAACAGAAAAUAGUGGUGCUGGAACAAGAGAGGCCCUCAAGUCCAAAGUCACAUGGCUCUGCUCGUUCUUCUUCUUUGCUUACAUGGGAGUCGAAGUCGGCCUUGGUGGAUGGAUUGUCACAUUUAUGCUGCGCGUACGAAAGGCUUCGGCAUAUGCAUCUGGUGCAUCCGGUACAGGAUUCUGGGCAGGCAUGGCUCUCGGACGAGCAUGUCUAGGUUUUGUGACGGAGCGUUUUGGCGAAAGACUCUGCCUGUCUAUCUACCUCGUCAUUUGCAUCGGCCUACAACUUCUCUUUUGGCUGGUUCCUCAGUUCAUAGUGUCGGCCGUUGCUGUCGCCUUCCUGGGCUUCUUUUUAGGGCCCAUGUUUCCUGGGGCGGUCAUGGUGACUGCUAAGCUUCUGCCAGCCAAGAUCCAUGUAUCUGCUAUUGGAUUCGCCAUGGCUAUUGGUGGCACUGGAGGAACCAUCUUUCCGUUUGCGAUUGGAGCCAUUGCGAAUAGCAAGGGUGUCGGUGUUUUGCAGCCUAUUAUUCUUGCCUUGAUCACUGUUGUUGCUGGUGUUUGGUUGAGUUUCCCUAGGGUCCAAAAGAAGGAUUGA